AUGGAGCGUUUCUAUCUUGAGAAUAAAUCCAAGUACCACUCACUCGUCGAUGCACUUGAUCCUUUGCCAAAGCCUCGAAUACCAAAAGGGAUGUCAGGUCCUAAUAUCAUCGUCAGUGCCAGAAUUCGGCCUCUAUCUGAAAACGAAAUCUUUCCUUCUGCCGUUUUCCCUCGGGCGAAUCAGAAAAAUGUGGUGGACAUUCACGAUCUGUACAAUCAUCCCAAAGGCAUUCCGAUAUUGAAGUCCUCCGAUUACCAAGUAGAUAAACUUUUCAACAUGGACUCGGCUACCGAAGAGAUCUACAAGGAACUUGUCGUUGAUCUGGUUCCAUAUGCUUGGAACGGUGGUGUCGGAACCUUGUUCGCCUAUGGUCAGACAGGCUCUGGAAAGACAUUCACGGUCAGCAGAGUGGAGGGGCUUAUAGCAGAAACGAUGAUGAACGGAAAAUUUGAAGGAAAGAGGGAGGUCUACAUGACCAUCAUCGAUCUCGCUGGAAACGCCGCAUUCGACCUACUGAAUGAGCGAGAACCCAUCUCCCUCCGUGAAGAUUCACUGGGCGCUACCCAGCUGGUAGGCGCACAAGAAAAUCAAGUAUUCAACGUCGACGACAUGAAGGCUGUGGUCGAGCGCGCAACAUCACUCAGACGCACAGCACCAACGCUCAAGAAUCCCGCUUCCUCGCGUUCGCAUGCAAUUUGCCGUAUUAGAAUUAGAAACACGGAAAAUGGCUCGGACGGUCUGUUGUACAUGGUCGAUCUUGCAGGGUCAGAAGCUGCUCGGGAUGUUGCGGUGCAUGGGGCGGACCGGAUGCGCGAGACAAAGCAGAUCAAUAUCAGUCUCUCGGUGCUGAAAGAUUGUAUUCGAGCAAAAGCUGAGGCAGAUACUGCGACAACACUGCACAGGGAGAGGCUGGGUCCGAAAGUACCGCACAUCCCGUUCAGACAAAGUGCGUUGACGAGAGUGUUGAAACACGUAUUUGAUCCUGCAAGUACUCGAGGGUGCAAGACAAUCGUAAUAGCUUGCGUCAAUCCGAGUCUCGCGGACGUUGGGUCAACUAAGAAUACGUUGCGUUUUGCGGAGCUGUUGCGCGUUCUGGUGCCGUUAACAGAUGAGAGCGAUACAGAGAAACAGUCGGCUAUGCACUGGACGAACAUGCAGUUGAGAGAGUGGAUCAAAGAGAACGUAAGCUGA